CACACACACACGGUUUCCUGUCACCAUCAUUAUUUCCAUUUGGAAAUGACUUAAGGAGCCCAUAAUAACAGGAAAAGAUCUAGCUUAGCCCUUUUUGGCAUCAGAAUCCUGGAAUGUCCAGUCUUUUUAAAGUAAAGGGAGGAUACCUUGCACAUCGAGUGGCCAAGCUCUGCAGCAAAACUUUACAUUCAAGCUCAAUAUUCUAACUGGAUAUGAAAAAGAUGCAACUUCUUCAACUGUGUGCCUUCUUCCAUGUCACAGUCUGUAGUCAGAUAGAAGAAGUCGCCAUAUCACCUCGUGGAAAUGAGGUAUUUGUGCUAGCAGGUUCAGCCUUCCAGUUCACCUGUGCUUGCGUUGGUAGUUGUAAGACACCACAGUUCAGCUGGACAAGAGCUACUACUGACUCUGAUCGUGUGCGAACCAAAAACAGCACCCUCAAAUUUUCCAACGUGAAGAUUGAGGAUGCGGGUCGAUAUACCUGUGAUGCAAAGUGCGAUGGCAGUUCAGAGAAAAAACUAAAAUCUGUCAAGAUGACUGUCUAUGUGUCCACAUAAGCUGGUAUCUAGGAAGCGAACUUCUUAAAGAUGAAACUCAGGAGACUUUGGAUGCAGCUAACGUGUCGGACACACUGACUCUUACUGCCCUGAGGGACUAUACUGGGAAGAGUCUGACCUGUGAAGUGAAAGCAGACAUGAGAAAUAACUCAAAACAGGUUUCUUACUGUCUCGACAUACACUAUGCACCUAAGAUCAACAUCAGUGCAACCUCAUCUGGGAUGGAAGAGGAGGAAGUGGUGAUGAGCUGUAGAAGUGACGGCAACCCCACCCCUACUAUUGAGUGGGAGAGAAAAGGGGAGCUGUGGCCCAAGAAUCUGCAUCGACAUGCACAAGGAAAUGUCACGGGCCGGCUACACCGCAGCAACCAAGGGGUUUACCAGUGUGUGGCCAAGAACAUGGUGUCCGAGGCAAAGGAAGAGAUGAAACUGGAGGUGCAAUACGGACCAGCAAACACAAGUAUCCAGUCCUUCCCACUGCAGGCCAUUUCCUAUGGGGUUCAGCUGAACCUUACCUGCUUGUCAGACAUGUACCCCAAAGCCAAACAGUACAUCUGGACCAGAAUCCCAGAUAUGGCCCUACCCAAGGAGGCCAUGGUUACAAACAGCCAUUUAAUCAUAGAUAACUUCCAAGAGCACCACCAAGGCAUCUAUGAGUGUAGAGUGAUUCACCACAGUGGGAAUACAGAGAGAGCAUUCUAUACCGCCUCUGUUCAAGCGGAGCCCGAGUCUAAGGUGUUCACUCAGAUGGUGGGUGCAGUGGCUGGCAGUCUUGUCAGCGGAAUCACAGGAGGCAUCGUGGCAGGAUUCAUGUUAGCUAAAUGGCUGAAGUGAUGCUACCUUAAAUCACCUCACUGUGUGGGAUCUAAUCCGGAGCCAUUCAGAUGGUCUCAACCAGAGUGCCUUAUUAUCAAUUCAUACAGCAGAGUUUAACAGCGAUUAAUAUACAGUACUUUCAGAAAGUAUUCAUACCCCUUAAUAAUGUAUUCCACAUUUUGUUGUGUUACAGCCUGAAUUCAAAAUAGAAUAACUAGUUUUUUUUAAAGCCGAUUUAAGUCCAAACUCUAACUAGGGCACCCAGGAAUAUUCAAUGUUGUCUUGGUAAGCAACUGCAGUGUAUAUUUGGCCUUGUUUUUAGGUUAUUGUCCUGCUGAAAGGUGAAUUUGACUCCCAGUAUCUGUUGGAAUGCAGACUGAACCAGGUUUUCCUCUAGGGUUUUGCUUGUGCUUAACUCUAUUUCAUUUCUUUUUAACCCAAAACACUCCCUAGUCCUUACUGAUUACAAGCAUACCCAUAACAUGAUGCAGCUACCACAAUGCUUGAAAAUAGGAAGAGUGGUACUUAGUGAUGUUUUGUGUUGGAUUUGCCCCAAACAUAACGCUAUGUAUUCAGGACAUGAAGUUAAUUUCUUUACCACAUGUUUUUCAGUUUUAAUUUAGCACCUUUUUGCAGACAGGAUGCAUGUUUUGGAAAAUGUUUAUUCUGUACAGACUUCCUGCUUUUCCCUCUGUCAUUUAGGUUAGUAUUUUGGAGUUGUUGAUCCAUCCUCAGUUUUCUCUUAUCACAGCCAUUAAACUCUGAGUUAGGAAGGAAGCCUGUAUAUUUGUAGUGACUGGGUGUAUUGAUACACCAUUGUUGGAUUCGGGAUGAACUCUGAACAUUGAGAUAUUAAAUAAAUGAUCAUAAGCAUUGAAUAUAAGGAGUGAAAGAGACUGGGUUUUAUGUCAGAAGUUAAUUGUUUUCUGUAGAAAGACAUGGCUUUGGAAUGUGUUGUGUGUACGGGAGGAGAUCAUAGGAUUGCUAUAGGGGAGCAGAUGGAUAUCUGUGGAUUAGGCGAAGGAGGGGUUGAGGUCAGAUCAGAUCCCCUGAAGGGAGUAAUAAGGGUUUAUUACCCUAUUACUCUCUUCCUGUGGAACCAUAAGAUGUAAGGAUUGGAGAGCCGGAGGAGUGUCUAUAGUGGGGUAUAUAUAAUUGUGAUGGUGAGAAAUACAGCUGUAAUGACCCUUUGGGAAGAAUUAAACUUGGUUAAGCUUCUCUAGUGUCCGUGAGUUAUUUACUCUGAAAAGUUAGAACCUAACACCAUCCAAAGUGUGAUUAAAAACUUCACCAUGCUCAAAGGGAUAUUCAAUGUCUGGCUGUGAUACAGCCCGGGAUCGAACAUCUAGUGAUGCCUCUAGCACUGAGAUGCAGUGCCUUUGACCGCUCGCCACUCAGUCCCGCAAGAAUUGAGGAUGUUCUGAGGGAAAAGGGGGGUACAACUCAAUAUUAGGAAGAUAUUCCUAAUGUUUUGAACACUCAGUGUAUAUUGUGAAGAUAACAGGUUGUUCUUAACAAUCAAACGGAAAUAAAUGGAAUGCUUGUGUUCAAUGGAAGGAUUUGAACCUUUCCAGAAAGUCUACAACAUAGGUUGUGUAUGGGUUUUACUGUAAUGCUAUACCAUCUCUAUUGCAAAUAUGAUCGGUGCCCUUCUCCCCCACCUCAAACACACACUUGUUAUAUUUUUGUAAUGUUUUGAAGCAAGAAGAUUUCCCUGAUAUGAAUAGUAAUCCAGAUAUAACAACAAUUCAAGGAAGUCCAAGAGGUCCUUCGUUUUGCUUCUGAUUGUUUCAUACCAGAUUGCAAUCAAUGUGUUUUAUAUCUUUUCUCCAAGAAAAACUAGAGGAUAAAAAGGCAGAGGAUAAAGUUGGAUAUUGAAAAUAUUGUUAAUCACAUUUCUAUUUGUUUCCAUAGUCACCAAUUUAAUUUUAAAUAUGCAACAUAGUCUUACAUUUAAAAUAGAUCAUGGGGUAUUGAUGGGAUAGAUCCUCAUCAAGGACCUCUGAGCACAUAAGGCGAUCUGGAGCGUAGUGACCCUCUUGAAGAGGGGUGAGAUUUUAAAACAAAACAACAAGAAAAGGACAUUCCUGAAGAAACUUUGUGCACUCAGCUAGCUAAAAGUUAUUAUUAAAAUUGAUGAACACGGAGCACUCUGUGUACUAGACUCUCUCUGUGUCUGUUUUUCAACAAGUAAGACUGAUUUAGAGUGUACAUUCUAUACCAGGGCAGUGCUCUUCCACACCCUCCAGCACCCCUGAAAUCUCAUUGAGAUACCACAGCAAUUUCAUACGAUCCAAAAGGCGCCUGACCAUAGCCGCGGGAAGUAAUUUGGGGGUGGGGUGCAGCUGUUAUCCAGUGAAGCAUGGUGGUGGCAGCAUCAUGCUGUAGGGAUGUUUUUCAGUGGCAGGGACUGCGAGACCAGUCAGGAUGGAGAAAGAUGAACAGAGCAAACUACAGAGAGAUCCUUGAUGAAAACCUGCUCCAGAGUGUUCUUGACCUCAGACUAGGGUGAAGGUUCACCUUCCAAAAGGACAAUGACCCUAAGCACACAGCCAAGAUAACGCAGGAAUGGCUUCGGAAAAAGUCUCUGAAUGUCCUUGAGUGGCCCAGCCAGAGCCCGGACUUGAACCCGAUCAAACAUCUCUGGAGAAACCUUAAAAGAGCUGUGCAGCGACACUCCCUAUCCAACCUGACAGGACUUGAGAGGAUCUGCAGAGAAGAAUGGGAUAAACUCCCCAAACACAGGUGUGCCAAGCUUGUAGCGUCAUACCCAAGAGGACUCAAGGCUGUAAUCGCUGCCAAAGCUGCUUCAACAAAGUACUGAGUAAAGGUUCUGAAUACUUAUGUAAAUGUGAUAUUUCAGAUUUGUAUUUUUAAUAGAUUUACAAAAAUUUCUAAAAACCUGUUUUUGCUUGGUCAUUAUGGGAUAUUGUGUGUAGAUUGAUGAGGGGCGAACUAUGGAUUCAAUUUUAGAAUAACUCUGUAACGUAGCAAAAUGUGGAAAAUGUCAAGGGAUCUGAAUACUUUCUGAAUGCACUGUAUAUGAGAGGAUACUGGUCUGUAAAUCCGACUGGUCUCAUCACAUGGACAUCUAUAUCCUCAGAUGCAUUGGUGUUGUCCUAGAAAUAUAUUCUAGUUAUAUUGCUAUGGGUAUACUUAAUGCUGCAUUUAGGUGGUAAACCAUAGAGAUAGCCUACACAUAUUUAUGUUAAUGGAGAUUUAAUUUAGCUCAAUACGUGUUGUAUAUAUUUAGGCUCCCUAAUGGUGCAGUGGUCUAAGGCACUGCAUCUCAGUGCUAGUGGCAUCACUGCAGGCCCUGGUUCAAUCCCUGGCUGUAUCACAACUGGCCGUGAUCGGGAGUCAUAUUGUGCAAUUGGCCCAGCGUCAUCCGGGUUAGGAGAGGCUGUCAUUGUAAAUAAGACUUGUCUGGUUAAAUUCAAUUUAAAAAAAUACUUGGCAGGCAGGCAGGCAACCAGACAGAUAAAAUACAUAAAUAUGGAACAUGUCUAUGUUAGUUAACAUAUCAUGUCUGUGAUUUUCAGAGGGAUCCCAAAUAUCUUGCUCCUCUGCUAAAAGAUAAUUUAAUCAUGUUUUAAAGGAAACCAUCUUGUGUUCCAUUUAAACCAGCAGAGGGGGUUGUCAUUCACAACCAAACCAGACAAAGAGAGAGAGAAAGAAGAGCGAGAGAGAGAGAGAGACAGAGACCGAGACUAGAGGCCACUCAAAGAGUGGGGGAAUUCAUCCUUGGUAUUUUAAGGGGGUGUUUUAAAUAUAUAUUUUCCCCCUGUUUGUAUCCCCCCUAUUACAAGUGAUAAAUCCACAGGCUCUGGAUCUGGACACUGGGCAGACCAGACACAACAUCCACAGCAUAACAAAGGAGGACUAAGGAAAUUUACAUUCUAGCUCAAUGUCUCUGUUAUGGAUAGUGAUACUACCAGUAACAGCCUUUGCAUUUCAUGUGGAGCUAAAACCAAAGAGUGCAUUUUUCAGAGUUGGUGAUAGGCAGGAGCUGCGAUGUUCGGUGAAGGAUUGUAACGAAAAGGUUACUAUGUCCUGGGCUUUGCUGGGGGAUAAGCCCAUGUUUGCUAAAAUACACACCUCAGGAUCGGAAUCCGUGGCGGCCUUUGACCCUGUGAUGACAGUACAUGAUGACAUACUUCUCUGCAAAGUCAGUUGCGGAGCAUUGAACAAACAACAGCGUGUGGUUGUCAAAGUGUACUCAUUUCCAGAGGCACCUGUCAUAUCAGGCUACGACCAUCUUCUCUUGGGCCAGUCCAACACUCUGACAUGUGAGGUGAUAGAUGCUUAUCCCGUGGAGCACCUGCGACUUGAGUGGCUGCGAGGAGACAGCAUGCUCCAGACAGACGCAGAGUCCGUUGUAUCUACCUACAGGUUCACGCCAACCCCAGAGGACAAAGAGACAAGCAUCACAUGCAGAGCCUCUCACGAUCAGGAUGGUGUGCCUGAUGAAGAGAAGACCAAGGAAACCACCGUAUCUCUCACAGUGCUUUAUGCGCCACAGAAUAUAUCAAUAUCUGAGCCGACUGCUGUGAGAGUUGGCUCCAGUCUCACGUUGUCAUGCCAUGCUGAAGGGAACCCCAGACCAGAUACACAGUGGAAGGCCAUUGGUCCAGAUGGACAGGCUGUUAUUGUGGGGCAGAGCGAGGAGCUUGUCCUUACAGAGAUGACACUGGUGGAUGCUGGUCAAUAUGAGUGUGUGGUGAGCAACACCAUUGGAAACAUCACAGCCAGCGUGAACAUCAUUGUUCAAGCUCCCCCAACCAACACCACCAUCACAGUGAGCCCAGCCAGUGAGGUGAAGGAAGGGGAGAGCGUGACGGUGUCCUGCCUGUCGGACGGAGCUCCGGUGGUACGUAUGGUGCUGAGGAGACUCUCUGAGGACCAGGAAGUAGAACUCCAGUCCAGCAACGGCUUCUCCACCUCCUUCACCCUCUCCUCUGCCCUGCUAGCAGACUCUGCUCUCUACCAGUGCCAGGCCUUCAAUGAACAUGGCAGUCAGAAGGUCAGCGCCUUGCUCUCUGUUGAAGAGUAUCCCCUGGAGGUGGCGAUGGAUGUGGGGGUGACGGCUGAGAUGGGAUCCAACCUGGUGCUCUCCUGCCGGGCUUGGGGCUGUCCCCAGCCAGCCUUCUACUGGAGGAGCAUGCUGGACAUGUCGGUCCAUAGCCGUGCACACACCCAGGACUCCCUCUCCCAGCUCUACCUGGGCCCACUUGGGCUGAUCAACGAGCAAGCCUACACCUGUGAGGCCAAGUGUGGCUCUGUCAUCAAGGCCAAGCACGCUGAGGUCAAGGUCUUCUCUUUCCCCUCGGACCCUAUCAUCGAGAACACUGGCCCCUUUCUGGAACACGGUGUUGGCAUCUUUUUUUGUUUGGUAGCCAACGUCUACCCAGCUAGUCUCCUGCAGAUCCAGUGGCUUGAUGGGGAAAUCGAGCUAGCCUCCGAGAUGGGACAGUAUUCCAGUGAACUCCAGAAUGUGACGUCAACGCUUUCUUUCUCGAUUGGACCGGAGGACCAGGGCAGACAGAUCACCUGCAGAGUCAGUCUUCAGAUGGAUGAAGUCCCUCAGAGUGGGAGAGAGAGGCAGGCAGUGACUGUACUGGAGCUCCACUAUGCCCCCAGAGGAACCACCAUCACAGUGAGCCCAGGCAAUGAGGUGAAGGAAGGGGAGAGCGUGGCGGUGUCCUGCCUGUCGGACAGAGUUCCGGUGGGACGUAUGGUGCUGAGGAGACUCUCUGAGGACCAGGAUAUAGAACUCCAGUCCAGCAAUGGCUCCUCCACCUCCUUCACCCUCUCCUCUGCCCUGCUAGCAGACUCUGCUCUCUACCGGUGCGAGGCCUUCAAUGAGCUCGGCAGCCAGCGAGCUAGCACAUACAUUACAGUCAAAGCACCUCCUAGGAACACAACAGUCCUGAUAUAUCCAUCUGCUGAGGUGCAGGAAGGCCAAAAUGUCACCAUCUGCUGUCACUCUGUCAGUUUCCCCCCACCUGCUGUGGUUUUAAGGAAACUGGAUAAUGGCACAGAGCUCUACUCCCCGGAUGGGAACUUCCUGCUGGUUAACCUUACGCCCAAUGAUACAGGCCUAUACCAGGUGAAUGUUACCAAUGACCUGGGUUAUGAGACCGAGAUCUUCAGCAUUAACGUCAUAGAGAAGCACUUCAGUACUUCACCAGACUGGAACCACGUAGUCAUUCCUGCUGUCUGUGUGGGUAUCAUGGUGACCACCACGGGCCUAAUCCUGGACUACCUGAGGAGAGCCAGGAGGAAGGGCUUCUAUGAGCUGGCAAAGUGUAAUCCCGGGUCUGCAUAGACUAGAGGAGUCUAAAACCUGCGGUCCAGAGCCAGAUUGUGGCCCCCACUUGUGCUACCAAAAUGACCAUGUACUGUAUGAGUAUCACAUCGGUGAGUGUUUUGUGGUUCCUCAGGCAAAAUGACUUUUACACUGUGUGCAGAGGCAUACCAAGGGACAGACCUACCUGGAGUGGAGAGGGAACAGACGAGAGGUAUGGCCGAUAAGGCCGUAUGACCUUUGGAUGUUACUGGAAGAGGAAAAGAGAAGUACCUUUAAGGAGAUGUGGUCUUCUGGAUGUUUUUCAUUUUUAUUCAACCUAAGCUAGAAGUCAGUCAAAUGUUUAAUAAAUCUAACUGUUUGCAACUAACUAUCAUUUGCUCCUUUUUUCACUUCUUGGCAGCUUUCAUUGAACCCAUUGAUGUCUAAGUGUCACAACUAUUGGAUGAAUGCAAUAUGUUACAUGUUUUUAAACAAAAUUAUACCAUUUGUAAUUUGCUGUGAUAAAAAGUUGAAAUGUUUAAUGAGUUAAUUACAAUGCAUUUGAAAUGUACAGUUUAAAUUAACUUUGUUAUAU